UGCCAGUCGGGGACCGAAGGAGGCAGAAGGCUGGAGAAGCUGGAGCCGGCAGAGCAGGGCGGGCUUGGGAGACGCGGAGAGGGACCGGCCCGGAGGGACUUCUUGGUGCCAAGCCUUGGAGGAGCCAGAAGGUGCUGCCGGGACCGCCCGCCUUCUUCCCACGGACUCAGCGGCUGAAGUGCAGAAGGGAUCGCCGGGAGCCAGGCGGGCAUGGCGCGCCCCCUGCGGUGAAGGCUGCCGUCGGAGGGGGAGGCCGAGGCGGCGGCGGCCAUGGCCCUGACCCUGGAGCGGGCUCUUUUGGCCGCCCGCCAGGGGGACGUGGACACGCUCAAGGCGCUGCAGGGCGACGGGCUGCUGGAGCCGGCCUCGCUGCGGGACCCGCUGGGCGCCUCGCCCGCUCACCACGCCGCCCGCGCCGGCAAGCUCAACUGCCUGCGCUACUUGGUGGAGGAAGCCGGGCUGGACGGCAACGGCCGCGCUCGCAACGGGGCCACGCCGGGCCACGACGCCGCGGCCACGGGCAACCUGGCGUGUCUGCAGUGGCUGCUCACCCAGGGAGGCUGCCGAGUUCAGGACACGGACAAUUCUGGGGCCAUGGUCUUGCACCUGGCGGCUCGCUUUGGCCACCACGAAGUGAUUGACUGGCUCCUACGCUUUGGGGGCAGCGACCCACUGGCAGCCACAGACACGGGCGCGUUGCCUGUCCACUACGCUGCAGCCAAAGGAGACUUCCCUUCCUUGCGACUCCUCAUCGGACACUGCCCCAGUUCGAUCAGCGCCCAAACGAAGAACGGUGCCACGCCCCUCUACCUAGCCUGCCAGGAAGGCCACCUGGAAAUCGUCCAAUACCUGGUAAAAGACUGCGGAGCAGAUCCCCACCUACGCGCCAACGAUGGGAUGACCCCACUCCAUGCAGCUGCCCAGAUGGGCCACAACACUGUCAUCGUCUGGCUGAUGAGCUUCACCGAUAUCAGCCUCUUGGAGCAGGAUGACGACGGAGCCACCGCCAUGCAUUUUGCCGCCAGCCGAGGACACGCCAAAGUGCUCAGCUGGCUGCUCCUGCACGGAGGGGAGAUCUCCACCGACAACUGGGGUGGGACCCCUUUGCACGACGCGGCUGAAAACGGCGAGCUGGAGUGCUGUCAAAUCCUCGUAGUGAACGGUGUGAACCUGGGCAUCCGGGACCAAGAUGGCUACACCGCUGCUGACCUUGCCGACUACAACGGGCACUCCCAGUGUGCCAAGUACCUGCGCACGGUGGAGAACAUGAGCGUGGAGCAUCGGGUCCUUUCCCGAGACCCUUCCGCCGACCUGGAAUUCAAGCAGCCCGACUCCGGCAUGUCAUCUCCCAACACAACUAUGUCUGCUCCACAGCCUCACUUCGACAUUGGGUCCCCGAGCAGCACCCUUUCCAACUAUGACUCCUGCAACUCCAGCCAAUCAAGUACUGGGGAGAAAAGGAACAGCCAAGGCACCCGGGUUCCUGAGACGACAAUCACGGACAUGCAGACUUAUAUGGACAUGCUCAAUCCGGACAUAGCGCCAGAGCACAGCAAGACAGGCGAUGAAGCAUCUCCCCCACCACCUCCAAACUUCCCGGCACCUCCCCCGCCCCCCAACUCCAAGGUGCUCCCUCCUCCUCCUGGCUACCCGGCACCGAACCCGCCAGAGGUGCAGCACACGGCAGAGAUCUACGUGCAGGCAAAGAACAACCUCCGCCACGUGGAGAGCGAAGCGCUCAAGAAAGAGCUGACCUCGCUUGAGAACAGCCCAGAACUGCGGCGGGUCGACUCUACCAGGAAAUCGAGGAACUUCAACAAGCAGCCCAGCACCGGGGAUUACUAUAAACAUCUGGGCAGCAGUAGCAGUGGAGAGCAAACGGGCAACAACCGCAGGAUGGCGCACAGCGAGGAGGCUUCCCUUCUGUCCAAUGAGAGCGUGCAGAAUGGAGGUACAGCUGAGAACAAGACCUCGGGAGAAGUUCCUCCUCCUCCUCCACCCCCACCACUCCCUGAGAGUGUCUGCUCCCCACCGCCACCCCCUCCGCUGCCAAUGGAGAGUCAGCCACCCUCUACCAGCCAGCGACGGUCAUCCUCCUCCACUGGAAGCACCAAGUCUUUCAACAUGAUGUCCCCGACGGGUGACAACGCUGAGUUGCUGGCAGAAAUCAAAGCUGGGAAGAGCCUCAAGCCGACCCCCCAGAGCAAGGGGUUCACCACGGUCUUCUCGGGCUGCGGCCAGGCGGGCUCCAAUGUUGAGAUGCCCAACUCCUCCCCGUCUCCCUCCAGGACACCAACUCCCCCGUCUACUCCAGAUGGAGCUCCCAGGCCCAGUGGUUCGCCCGAGCCAGUGCUCAAUGGCUCUCUGCUGUUGCUGGCCUCACCAGCUCCACCCAGCCAGGCAGAUAUUGAAGCCCUCAUCCCCACCCACGACGAACAGGGGCGGCCCAUCCCAGAAUGGAAGCGCCAGGUCAUGGUCCGCAAGCUGCAGAUGAAAAUUCAGGAAGAAGAGGAGCAGAGGCGCAAGGAGAGAGAAGAGGAAGCUCGCUUGGCGACCAUGCCAGCCUGGCGGAGAGAUAUUUUUCGCAAGAAGAUGGAAGAGGAAAGAGAGCACAAACGGAAAGAGGAAGAAAAGCUGAAACGGGAAGAGGAAGAGAAGGAGAAAGAACAGUCGGAAAAGCUAAGGACUCUUGGGUACGAUGAGGCCAAGCUGGCCCCUUGGCAACGGCAGAUCAUCCUCAAAAAAGGAGACAUAUCAAAGUACUAGCGCUGGGGUGUUGGCCCUCCCGCCUGCUGGUCUCCACCUGUGCAUUGAGCCCCUCCUUCCUUUAGAUCUCAGCUGCUUCUGUCCCCUUCCUUGUUUCUGGGCCCGUCUGUCCUUUCAGCAAGAACUCGCCCCCUAGAACACCCCCUUCACCACCAGUCCUCGACCGCUCAUUUCUAUUAUUCCUAUUUGUUAAAUCCGUGCACAUAACUACGAUCUCCCCCCGUCCACCAGCGCUAAAGACAGCCGUUACAUUCUCAGUGCGGCAGCGGAGAUUUGGCAGGUCACCUUUACCGCCUUGAAAGUUUGCGUAUGAGGGAUUUUUCUGUUCUGGAAAAGCUGGGAAACGAAGCAGUUCUGGAAGUGUCCAGUAGCGUAGGCACUGAAUGGCUACUGUCUGUGACGUCACCCACUCUCUAGAGCAGUUUUGCAUUAUGUUUUAAAUACGUUCAUGCCAUAUACAGGAUGCUUUAAAAUAUUGGGUGGAGGGGGUUAGGACUGUAUGCCCAUCACUGCAAGGGGGAUGACUCAAAGCAGAGCGUGUACAUGGGUACCCGACAAAAGCAGGCUACGAAACCGGGUUUGGGUUGUGAGUGAGGUCAUCCACUAUUAAGGAACGUCAUGCCCGUCUUCACCCUGAGGCUGAAUGGUAAGAGAAAGCUAGCCCCACUGCAGCCGUACUGAUUUCAAAAUCCCAUGGCUGGCUCCGUCUCAACUGCUUAAUGUCCAAAUGUCCAUCUCUAUGCAAUAAAAUAAUUUCUCCAUGUUU